GGGCGGGGCAGCGGAGAGCAGCAGUGUAGGAAAAGAGGAGGAAGCAGCGAGGAUGGCGGAGUCACACCUCUGAAGAAAAUUAUUGAGGGAUUUCUAAAACCUUGGUGACCUUUUGAGCCAUAAGGAAUUCCACAAGUUUUACCUAAAAGUCCCGGGAUUGUAUGCAGCUUCAAUGCUCAAGCAUGUGGCCCAUGGAUGCCACAGUCCAGUUUCGUCAAAGGAUUUUUAAUUCUGAAAGAAACAUUUGAAAAGUGCUCAAGUUUUCAAGCAAAGACAAAGAUAAAUGUGUGGUCCUGCACAGGGAUGUUUGCUUUAAAGCCUCCUCAGCUGUCCAGUCCCUUUUUUUCCUGAAUAAGUAACCUGACGAGAAAGUCCCAUGAGCAACUCUGCAGGACGCCCGAUAACGUCGACAUGAGUAGUACUUUAGGCAAAGAAAAGGAUUCAAAAGAAAAGGACCCUAAAAGUGGUUCGGGAGGCAAAGAAAGGGAAAAGGAGGCCAAAGCUCUGGCAGGCCUCGUCAAGGAUGGGGGCAAAGAAACAAAGACCAAAGGGAAAGAAGCCAAAGAAGGUAAAAAGGACACCAGCAGCUCAGCACCGGGUGUUGCCUUCUCUGUUGACAAUACGAUAAAGCGACCAAACCCAGCACCAGGUACACGCAAGAAGUCUAGCAAUGCUGAGGUGAUUAAGGAGCUUAACAAGUGCCGGGAGGAAAAUUCCAUGAGAUUGGAUCUAUCUAAACGCUCUAUUCACAUGCUGCCCACCUCCGUUAAGGAGCUGACGCAGCUGGCUGAACUCUACCUAUACAGCAACAAGCUGCAGAGCCUACCACCUGAAGUGGGAUGCCUCUCAGGCCUGGUCACUUUAGCCCUGAGCGAGAACUCUUUAACCAGCUUGCCUGACUCACUAGACUCCCUUAAGAAGCUUCAAAUGCUCGAUCUUCGGCACAACAAGCUGAGAGAGAUCCCGCCAGUAGUCUACCGGCUGAAGUCUCUGAAAACGCUCUACCUACGCUUCAACCGCAUCACAACGGUGGAGAAGGACAUCCGAAAUCUUUCCAAGCUCACAACGCUCAGCAUCCGGGAAAACAAGUUCAAGCAGCUUCCCGCAGAGAUAGGGGAACUCUGCAACCUCAGUACUCUGGAUGUUGCCCAUAAUCAGUUGGAGCACUUACCGAAGGAGAUUGGGAAUUGCACACAGAUAACCAACCUAGAUUUGCAGCACAAUGAGCUCUUAGACCUCCCAGAGACCAUAGGAAAUUUUGCCAGCAUAAACCGCUUAGGUCUGAGAUACAACAGAUUGUCAGCUAUCCCCAGAUCGUUAGCCAAAUGUCGAGAACUGGAAGAGCUAAAUCUCGAAAACAAUAACAUAUCAGUGUUACCGGAGGGCCUCCUGUCGAGUUUGGUCAAACUGACUAGCCUGACGCUAGCAAGGAACUGCUUCCAGUCAUACCCAGUGGGCGGACCCUCCCAGUUUUCGACCAUCUACUCGCUCAACAUGGAGCACAACCGUAUCAACAAGAUCCCAUUUGGAAUCUUCUUUAAAGCCAACGUUUUAAGCAAGCUUAACAUGAAGGACAACCAGUUAACUUCUCUGCCAUUGGACUUUGGCACAUGGAACAACAUGGUGGAGCUUAACCUAGCUACCAAUCAGCUGACUAAGAUCCCAGAGGAUAUUUGCGGCCUGGUGUCUCUGGAGGUGUUAAUAUUGUCCAAUAAUCUUCUGAAGAAGUUACCACAUGGUAUUGGCAAUCUAAGAAAGCUUCGAGAACUUGACUUGGAGGAAAACAAGUUGGAAUCACUCCCCAACGAAAUUGCUUAUCUCAAAGAAUUACAGAAAUUGGUGUUAACAAAUAAUCAGCUGACAACAUUACCAAGAGGAAUUGGCCACCUCACCAACCUGACUCAUCUGGGUUUGGGGGAGAACCUGCUACAACAUCUUCCUGAGGAGAUUGGCACACUGGAGAACCUGGAGGAAUUGUACCUCAAUGACAACCCCAACCUGCACAGCCUCCCCUUCGAGCUGGCCCUGUGCAGCAAGCUGUCCAUCAUGAGCAUCGAGAAUUGUCCCCUCAGCCACCUGCCGCCCCAGAUCGUGGCUGGGGGCCCCUCCUUCAUCAUCCAGUUCCUCAAGAUGCAGGGACCCUACCGUGCCAUGGUCUGAGGCCAGAGCCCCCCUCCAGCCCUCCGCUUGCUCUGCACCCUUAUGCCUGCCUGCCCACCCCAUUCCGUGUAUCAUACACUGUAAAGUCGUCGCCCCCCUCGCGAUCAAUGUCGGGGGAGGACACAGAAGAAGAGGUGGGUGGAGAAGAGACUCUUUCUCUGUCUUUGGGCGGACACAAGGAGAAGCAAUGGAGACUCUACAAUGUUCCACUUUAAUACCCCCGCUCAUCUUUUCAUUCCGAAUCGUACAGGAGAAACACAUUUCCAUCUUUUUGCCAAAACUGAAGAUAUAUAAAUACUGUAUAUAUACACAUGUGUAUAUAUAU